AUGUCAACCACAGCAAAAGCACCACCGAGGAACCCGCCUUUCCGCGCAGAGCAUUUGGGCUCGUUGUUGCGUCCGGAGAAACUCUUGGAGAAACGCCAUGCGAUCCAGCGGAAGGAGGAUGGUGGGGAAGGGCUGGAUGUUUUGACGGAUGAGUGCGUCAAGGAGGCUGUCGAGAUGCAGACGAGGGCUGGGUUUCGAGGUAUCAGCGAUGGGGAGUAUAGGCGGCAUAUGUUCUGGGGCGACUUCUGGCCCUCCCUGAACGGAAUGAAGGAGAUCUAUGGACCUGAUCCGUCCAUCUUCCGAGACUACGUGCCGGACAUUGCAGCUUUCCUGGAGGAUGAUAAGGUCCCUGGGGAAUCUAUCAUUUGCGUGGGCAAGAUCAGCCAUCCAGGAAAGAAAUACUUCGCCGACGUAGCAAAAGCAUAUCGUACCGAGCUUCAGAUCCUGUACAACGCAGGCGUUCGCAAUGUUCAAGUGGAUGGUCCGAAUCUGGCCUAUUUCUGCUCCGAGAAGAUGCUCGAGGGCUGGAAGAAAGACCCUGCGAAUACGCGCACCACCGACAAGCUGUUCGACGCUUACAUCGCCUUCUACAACGAUUGCUUCAAGCGACCGGUAGACAUGCACCUUGGAGUCCAUCUGUGCCGAGGAAACUUCGUCGGAUCGCGGCACUUCUCUGAAGGUGGAUACGACCGCAUUGCGGUCAAGCUGUUCAACGAGCUCAACGUGUCGACGUAUUAUCUGGAGUAUGACACGGCCCGAGCAGGUGGUUUCGAGCCGCUGAAAUCGCUUCCCAAGGACAAGAACGUCGUUCUCGGCAUCAUUACUAGCAAGUUCCCGGAGUUGGAGGACAAGGAGGCUUCUAAGGAGCGUAUCUAUAAGGCGGCCGACUUCAUCUCAGCUGGAAGUGGCAGCAGUCGUGAGGAAGCUCUCAAGCAGCUUGGGGUCAGUCCCCAGUGUGGAUUUGCAAGUCACGAGGAUGGGAACCUGCUUGGAUACGAGGAUAUGGUCAAGAAGCUCAAGCUUGUCAGGAACAUUGCCGAUGAAAUUUGGCCUGGGGAGCCGUAG